AUGGCGCCGAUCUUCGAGUACUUCGUCGUGUGCGGGCUCGGUCCCGAGAUUCGAACCCUUGACGGGGACAAAGGUUACCACGGAGUAGGCGUUCUGUACUUGCCAACACUGCUUGACCAAUACCCGCCGGAAAAUCAUACUCUGUACCCUCCGCCUCCGCCCCAGCUCCCCACUUGUGUGUUGCCAGCUGGUGUGGAAAUCUUCUCUACUGGAUUUGAUGUCAAUGAUCCUUCCACUGCACCACGGAGCUAUCCUAUCGUUUUGACGGAGGGUGAUGGGUCUAAAAUUUACGUUAGUUGCAUUGCUUUCCGGGAUCCAGUUAGCGAGGAUAUUGCUGAAGCGUACCGAAUACCUCCAAAUUCAUUUGCUGACAAAUGCAUUUGUCUUGUCUCGCGGUCUCCUAGUAUUGGUGUCAUUCGCAAUGCUCUGGAGGAGCUAUUUGCGCUUUGCUUUUCCUCGGAUGGCAGUAGCAAGCCGUUAUGGGAUGUAAUUGCACAUUUGGUAUCCAAUGUACCAUUGCCUACUCCUGGGAGGGAUCGCGUCUUGUUUGCUAUUGAGAAUUGUCUGCUUUCUGUGGAUCCUCCACCAAAAGAUGGUCUUCCUCAUGCUGAUAUAUCAUUUCAACCAUUGGUCCAGUGCUUGGAUGUUGACAACCUAAUCCAGCUUUUUACAGCUGUUCUGCUUGAAAGGAGGAUUCUGCUUCGAUCCAAUAUGUAUUCACUUUUAACACUAGUAUCGGAAGCCAUAUGCCAUUUGAUAUAUCCCUUUAGGUGGCAGCAUGUGUACAUCCCAUUACUCUUUUUCAGUGGAGUAGACUAUAUUGAUGCUCCUACGCCAUAUAUGAUGGGUCUUCACUCAGGGGUUGAUACAUCCCACCUUGCGAUGGACGGUGUGGUUGUCGUUGACCUUGAGUAUAAUCGAAUAAGCACAUCAGAGGAAAUAGAACCUAUUCCAGAGCCAGAAUUCAGUUCUUUGCGUAUGGAGUUACUGAAAUUGUUGCAUCCAAAAGUUGUGGGAAUAGAUCAGAUAAAGACUAGUCCAGCUGGUUUGUCGGAACAGUUGGCUAUCUCCUGCAACCAGCCUUGGGGAGAGGAACACGACCUUCAACUUAGGUUAAUAUUUCUCAGGUUCUUUGCUUCAAUCCUAGGUGGCUACCGCAAUUUCAUUGAAAAUAGUGCAGCUCAGGCCUUCAACAAUCAGGCAUUUUUAAAGAAACGCUCUAGGUCAACACAUCAACCUCCAGAUGCCAUGGUUUCCCAGUUUUUAGAUACUCAUGGUUUCCUGGAUUUUCUGGAAAGAACUGGAAGCCUUGAUGAAAGUGACAAUAAUCUCUUAGACAAGUUACAAGAUGCUAUUGGACGGGGUCAAAAUCCUAUGUCAAUUCUCCCCUCAUCUUCUACGGAACCUGAAAUUGUUACCAUAUCAGAUCCAAGUGGGGGAAUAUCAGGAUCAGGUGCUAAAUAUAUUUAUGACAGGUUUCCUUCUAACAUUAGAUCAGAAGAACAGGAGGAGAAGAGGAAACAGAUUCUUGCUGCAGCAAGUGGAGCUUUUGAGUACAUUCAGAAUGCUCCCAACUUACCGUCUGUGCAAGUGGGGAAGGACGCUCUUAGUCCCAUGGAGAGGGCCGCGGAAAGAGAACGCAUGGUCCUGGACAUCAAAGUUAAGCUGCAGGGCUUAUGGCUGCGUCUUCUGAAACUGGGAGCCACUGAGGAUCCCCUUUCCUCUUUUGAAUAUGGCACUAUCCUCGCAUUAAUUGAGUCUGAUGCUGAGGGAAUUGGUGGUAGCGGAUUUAUUGAAUGUAUAAGCGAGCAUAUACAUACUGGCUGGCAGUGUCAAUUGACUGAUGAACAGUUCAUUGCCGUUAAAGAACUGCUUAAAACAGCAAUUGGCCGUGCAACAUCACGCAAUGAUAUGUCAACCAUUAGAGAUGCUUUGGAGGUAUCAGCUGAGAUGUAUAAGAAAGACAGCAACAAUGUGCCUGACUUUGUCCAACGCCAUCUAAUCUCAUUGUCUAUAUGGGAAGAACUACGGUUCUGGGAAGGAUUCUUUGAUUAUCUAAUCGAACGUUCCUCUGACAAGUCUGCCAACUAUGCUGCUCAAGUGACAUCACAGCUUAUCCUCAUGGCUUCACACAUGGCUGGUUUAGGAAUUUCUGAUACUGAUGCUUGGUACAUGAUAGAAACGAUAUCAGAGAAGAAUAGAAUUGGAUACAAGCAGCUUAUCCAACUCCGGGGAUUUUUAACACAUAUACAGCAGCUUCGUGUUGGUUAUUGGGGAGUCUCGUCUGUAAAGACACCAUCCAUGUCAUCUCUGGGAUUGACUUCUCCUCGCCCAAAAGAUGGCACAGAUGAAAAUCAACAACCUGCCGAGGCUUCUGUUGUUGGAAGGAGCUGGGUUCAGAGCAUGUUUAGUAGAGAUUCUUCAAGAGUAAACUCUUUCGCUCGUGUCCGUAAAUGGACUUCUGAUGGUGCUUCAGAUGCUUCUGCAGCUGGCCAAAAGAAACUGCAAACCAAUGUUCGAGUACUUAGAGGCCACAAUGGUGCUGUAACUGCUUUGCACUGUGUGACACGAAGAGAGGUCUGGGAUUUGGUGGGAGACCGUGAAGAUGCUGGUUUCUUUAUCAGUGGAAGCACAGACUGUAUGGUUAAGAUCUGGGAUCCUAGCAUCCGUGGUUCUGAACUUCGGGCGACUUUGGAAGGGCACAAAAGAACUGUUCGGGCUAUUAGUUCUGACAGAGGGAAGGUGGUGUCAGGAUCCGAUGACCAGACUGUUAUUGUGUGGGAUAAACAAACAACCCAGCUUCUGGAAGAAUUAAAGGGUCAUGAAGCUCAGGUCAGCUGUGUCCGCAUGCUGUCAGGUGAGCGAGUGCUCACUGCUGCUCAUGACGGAACUGUUAAGAUGUGGGAUGUUCGAACGGACACCUGUGUAGCAACAGUUGGUCGUUGCUCCAGUGCAGUCCUUUGCAUGGAAUAUGAUGAUUCAACUGGGAUACUGGCCGCUGCUGGCAGAGAUGCGGUGGCAAAUGUCUGGGACAUCCGAGCUGGAAAGCAAAUGCAUAAGCUCUCAGGGCACACAAAAUGGAUUCGGUCUGUUAGAAUGGUUGGAGACACUUUGAUAACAGGUAGUGAUGAUUGGACUGCUAGAGUGUGGUCUGUAUCACGAGGAACAUGUGAUGCUGUCCUAGCCUGCCAUGCUGGGCCAAUCUUAUGUGUGGAGUACUCCGCAGCUGAUCGAGGAAUUAUAACAGGUUCAACUGACGGGCUACUACGAUUUUGGGAAAAUGAUGAAGGAGGCUUAAAAUGCAUGAAAAAUGUCACAAUUCAUAGCGCUUCCAUAUUGUCUAUCAACGCUGGGGAACACUGGCUUGGAGUUGGAGCAGCUGACAAUUCAAUGUCUCUCUUCAAUCGCGCUCAAGAUCGACUUGGUGGCGUGGCUGGCUCAGGGUCAAAAUUGCCUGGUUGGCAGCUGUACCGGACUCCGCAAAAGAUGGUUGCUAUGGUUCGUUGUGUGGCGUCGGACCUUGAACGGAAGAGGAUCUGUAGUGGCGGACGGAAUGGAGUUCUGAGAUUCCAUGAAGUUGAGAAUGGAGGGAAUUCCGAGGAUAAGAAGGAGAAGGACGAUUACUCGGCUGUAAUUCGUGAACUAGAAGAAGAUUGCGAUGGGUGUACAAAUGGCGGAUUGGAGAACACUGGUGCUGAAUUGGACACAACUGUUCCAUCGGUGCAAAGUGGUAGUAAUAAGUAUGAGUUCGUCUCGUCUGGGGAAAUGAUUACCGGAUUCAUGGAAGAGCCCAGGGUUUUGAAGUUCACGGUCUAUGAGCAGAUUAGCGAUGGUGAACGAUUCGAAUCCUGCAAUGAGAAGAAUUUCCAUGGAGAUGAAUUCGAUGCAGAGAAUGGUUGGGACUUCUUCGAUCGUUCCCUGAUCGAGAAGCUAAUGGAGGUUCAGAAACGCAACGCGAAGUUCAUUGAUGAUGAUGAUGAUGAUGAUGAUACUAUUGAUAGUGCAGUGGAAGAAGAAGAAGAAGAAAUGGGUUUCGAUUCCGACGGAUUUUCAACGGAGGAGGAAUUUGAAUGGCGUGGACUGGAAUCUGUUUCAGAGAAUAUGUCCACGGAAGAAGAACUUAUGUCUGAGAUUGAAGGUGUCAGUGAUUUGGGGAAAACAGGGGAUGUUGAGGAGAAGAAGGAAACAGUUGAAACAGAGAAAACAGAGGGCUCUGUUUCGGGCGUAGACAUAGAAGUAGAUGAAGAAGAAGAAGCUUCGGGCCAAAGACUGACAGUAGAACAGAAUUCUUUCCUUAGUGAAGAAGCUGAAAACUUUCCGACAGAAAAAUGCGUUUCACCAAUCAAAGAGUACCAUUUCUUCCCUUACAGAACUAUUUAUGAUGGAUCAGAUCCCAGGAUUAAUCUAGGCGCCUCCAUUGAUGAAGGAGAAGAGGUUAAGAAGAUGGAAUCUGUUCAACCCCCAGAAUUCAGCGAUUCCGAUGUAGAAAUCCAACAACAAAAUCAAGAAGAGGAAGACAACGAUUAUGAAGAAGAAGAGGAAUUCAUUGAAUUAGACCCAGGGAAUCGGGAUUCAGCUUCAUUCAGAAAUGAUGAUGAGAGAAUGGAGCAAGAACCGGUAAAUCCAGUCGAACCGAGCAUCGAGGAAACCAGUUUCUCCUCAAGUUACGAGUCCGAUGAAGACUAUACAGAUUCACUGUGGGAGCAUAGCGACAUAGUAGAACAGCUGAAGAUGGAGCUCAGGCAGCAGGCCAGAACCGGCGGCCUACCGACGAUUCUCGAGGAAUCGGAGACCGAAGAAUCAUCCAUUCCUUCUCCCCAAGUGGUUCACGAACAACUGAAGCCGUGGAAGAUCGACGAUGAGAAGGUUGAGUACAAAGACCUCAUUGACAGCAUACACAAAGUUUACAGGAAUUAUUCAGACAAGAUGAAGAAACUGGACAUCCUCAACUUCCAAACCAUGCAUGCUGCAGGUUUACUGCACCUGAAAGACACUGUUCUGUCCCAGCCACCGCGGGGGAAUUCGAUCCAGGCGAUGGUGUUACAGAACUGGUGCAAGCUGGGGAAAGUUGCCGCGGAGCCAAUGAGGAAGAUCGUGGCGGAGAUGCAGAGAGAUUUCGAGGUUGUGUACGUUGGACAGCUCUGCCUCUCCUGGGAAAUGCUUCACUGGCAGUUCUGCAAGUCCCUGGAGCUCAUGAAGUUCGAUUCGUCGUCGCGAAGCUCUCGUCGAUACAAUCAAGUGGCAGGGGAAUUCCAGCUGUUCCAGGUUUUGGUGCAGAGGUUCGUCGAGAAUGAGCCCUUCCAGAGUCCGAAAAACAGGGUCCAGAGCUACGUCAAGGAUCGCUGCGUCGUUCGAAACCUUCUUCAGGUCCCAAUGAUCAAAGAGGACAGCUUGAAGGAGGAUAAGGAAAAGGAGGAGGGAGAUUACGAGCUCGUAAUCACGAGCGAAAUGCUCGUAGAUACCAUCGACCGAUCCACGAGACUCUUUUGGGAAUUCCUCCGAAACGAAAACAAUUCCCUAACCGCAUCGCAACCUCACAUCGUUUCGCACGAUCAGGAUACCACGACCUCAGAGCUCUUCCACGAAAUCAGAACCGAAUUUCACAAGAAGGACAAGAAGCUUAAGGAAAUCCUGAAGACAGGGAACUGCCUGCUGAAGAAGUUCCAGAGGCAGCAACAUGGCAGUCAGGAAUUUAGCAGCAGGCAGAGGGAAAUGGUGGUGGCUCAGAUCGAACUGAAGCUGGUGUCUAGGGUUCUGAACAUGAACAGCAUCACAGCAGAGCAGCUGAUUUGGUGCCAUGAGAAAUUAGGGAAAGUUAGGUUGUCUAAUAAUAGGAAAGUAUCUGUUGAGCCUUCAUUUCUGCUCUUCCCUUGCUGA